AUUUCCCCCCUCCUCCACCAGAGAGCAGCUUAGUGUUUCCUCCUCCACCUCCUUCCCCAGCUUCCUCUGCAGGUUCUCCCUCCACUGAUAAAUCAGGGUCUCCAGUCAAAAAGACCAGCAAGACAUCAAGCCCCGGAGGCAAGAAACCACCUCCAACACCUCAGCGAAACUCCAGCAUCAAGUCCACCAGCUCCACUGAGUACCAUGAGUCCAAGAGACCUUCAGUGGACCGCCUUGUCAGCAAAUUUGCACACCCACUAGAGCCGUCAGGGUCUCCUUCCAAGGAGUCAUCGCCUCCUGCAGCCCCUCCAAAGCCAGGAAAGCUCAACCUUUCUGGGGUGAGCCUGCCCAUUGUCCUUCCACAAGGAGGGAUCCCAGCCAAGGCUUCUGCUCCGGGUGUGUCUGGGAACCAACCUGUGGUUGAAUUCCCUUCACCGCCGUCUGAUUCAGACUUUCCACCACCACCACCUGAAAUAGAUCUCCCUCUCCCACCAGUUGAGAUUCCAUCCGUGUUUUCAGGCAGCACCUCCCCAAAAGUCGCGGUUGUCAAUCCCCAGCCUCAGGCAUGGUCAAAACCAUCUGUGAAGAAAGCCCCACCACCCACACGUCCCAAGCGGAAUGACAGUACUCGACUGACGCAGGUGGAGAUUGCAGAGCCACCAGGGUCGGCUGGCCCUCAAGUGCCCACUUCACCCAAGUCCAGCCUUAGCGUUCAGCCGGGAUUCCUGGCAGACCUCAACCGGACGCUGCAGCGGAAAUCCAUCACCCGGCACGGCUCCCUCUCCUCCGCGCGGAUGUCCAGAACAGAGCCCACAGCCACCAUGGACGACAUGGCCCUGCCUCCGCCUCCGCCAGAGCUGCUGGCUGACCAGCAGAAGACAAGCAGCUUUGGGGGCAGUCAUAUAUCUGGCUAUGCAACGUUACGGAGGGGGCCACCCCCCGCACCUCCCAAAAGGGAUCAGAACACCAAGCUGUCGCGGGACUGGUAG